ACAGCUUGUCAUAUCGCCAUGCAGUACGGCCACGAGGAUGUGUUUAAUCUUCUAAAGGACGUAUAUGGCGCAAACCCAGUGCUGCGGGACUACAGCGGUCGCAAGCCACACCAGUACCUGACCAACAAAGACACGAGUGUGUCCGCGGAUACCUUCCGAAAGAUCAAAGCAAGGAAAAAGCAUGCAGAAAAGGACUCUGGAUUCUUGAGGAUUGGCUCUCUGAAUGUAAGAGUGAAGAAGACAACUGAAGCCUUCAGUCACUUCCUGGGCGUAGGAACCAUCGACAAGCUGCACAAGAGUUGGGGCUCGGCCGAUAACCUCCCUCAGGGGGACACCAGGAAGAUGCCGCCACCAAAGCACGCUCCAAUCAAAAAGCGCAAGUCCAAACGAGCCAUGGACUUUGUCCCACCGUCACGGCCAGAGAGUGUUAUCAGUACCAAGUCUAUGGGGGGUGGGGGAGCGGACAGCGACUCUGAUACGGCGGCAGGGUUCGGAACUAACUGGCAAGGGACAGUGUAGUGACCAAAUGACCAAUUACAUUUCAUGUACUGUAAAAAUUAUACUGCAAAGUGUUAUGCUGUAAGCCAAAAGUGUGAAACUAAAAACUGUGAGAAAACUAACCCAAAGUAACAUUCAGCCUAUCCAUAAUUCAACAAAUUAUUUUAUCCAUGAUGAAUAUGAGAUUUCAUGCCUUAUAGCUUUGAUUACCGCUACUGAUCAAAUAUAACAUGCCAUCCCCAUGUUAAGGUUGUCACCGGUUUUAGACUCGAAUGGACAUAGUUGAAUAGAGCCACUGACAUAGUACGCUGUUGUAAGUUAUUAAUAGUUGGUGUAGAGUACACUUUCAACCAAGUAAAACAGAAAGCUAUCAUUUUGCCACAUUAAAAUGUCUCAUUAACAAAAGCUAUAGAGAAAAUAGAAUACCAGUUGCUCACUCUGCAUGUGUCCCAUUCAACUAUGUUCUUAAAUAAAAAAUAUUCUACAGCUGGUCCAUAUGGGUUGUUUGCAAAAUAUGCAUUGAUAUCUUAUAUACUAAAAAACUUUUGCAAAUCUUAUGACAGCUAGCCUGAUCAUGCUACUAGACCGAAUUACACGCGGUUGGUACCAAAUGAAAGAUAUUUACCUGUAGAUGUGCAGAAUCCCUUUAUCAAUUAAAAUAGGCUAAAAAAUAGGCACAAAAAGUGAAUUGGAAAUUUAAAAAAAAUUAACAUGGGUCAUAUGGGUUGCCAUGUUGGUGACGAAAUAACAACAAAAUAUAAACAGGAAAUCAAAACAAACAGAAGAAAUUCCAACCACAUGUUUUAUUUACAGCGUGGGGUGAAAAUAGAGAAGUUUGCACAAUACAUACUUUUGGGCGAGUUUCGACCAAGGGGUGAGCUCUCGUUGAUACUAUUUUAGUAAUCACAACUCAACAAUUUUAAUGUGAAAAUGUGGUAUAGCUAACAUUGUUUUGUACUUUAGAAAUUAGCUUUUUGCUUCUUCCACAGAAAAUGUUAUUAGUAUGACUAAAAUGUGUUUGGUCUUUGGUUCUUAAAAUCGGUGUUUUGAACGUAUAAUUUAAUUAACAGUGUGAGUCUAGUUGGGGCUUGUACUGCAUACCACAAUAUUUUAACGUACUCUUGACAGAGUUAACUUGAAAGCUAUCCAGUGAACAAAUUAAGCUCAAGGUUCCUAUUACAAUACAGUUUUUCAGCUGUUAGUAACAUAUUUUACUCAAGCUAGAGGUAGGCUACAGAGUAGUUGGGCCGUUUUAUAUAUUUAGGAAAAUACAAUGCAAUUGGCAAUUUAGAGGAUUUUAUACCUAGUCAUCAAGAUAAAACAAACACUUUGAAAGAAUGUUGAAUGUAGGCUAUCUUAGACAACGAAUGUAGUGUAAACUUUUCUUACAAUAAUCCAAAUUACAUUUAAUCACAAACUCAUAAUAGGCAUAUACUAUGCUUUGUAUUGAAUGUUUUUCAUACCAAUGUUGUUUUGAUAUUGUAUAAAAUGUUACUUAUUUGACCUGUACUUUCAUGUUCUAUUUUGUACACUGUAAUUAAUCAUGGAAGACUUAAGUAUAAAUGUUUUUAUCAAUGUUACAUGUUUUAUAUAUGUGAAGUUGUUAGGUAGUUUUAUUUAUUAGUAAAUAAUUUAAGAACAGAUUUUAUACAUGUUGUAUAGUAGUUACUGUACCUCUCUAAAGUUCAACGGGUGAUUUGUAUUUGUAAUUGUUGACUUUAAAACCUUUUGUUGUAAUAUUCUUGGUAGGUGAUGAAUUGUUAGCGGUAUUUUGUAAAGGAAAUCAUUGUUGACAAAAAAUUCCUUCUGGAUUUACAGUAAAAUUCAAUUUUAUGUUAGGGUCGUCCAGAAAUUAACAAAAGUGAAUGGAAAUGUCAUCAACUAGGCAUGAGAUAUAUCUAUAGUAUUAGUAGGAGCCUUUACGUGAUUUCCUGAUUUUGGAUGAAUAAAGUGACCAAUUAUUAACUGAUUGGCAGCAUCAAAACCCAUGAUGAUUACUGUUCGUGGAAGAGUUUCUAGUUUACUUUUAGCACCAUAGGAAAAAGUUUAAACAGAAAAUUUGUGGUCUUACAGCAUGAAACGGUUUAAAACCAAGGUUAGGCAGCUGAUUUAUAUCAAGAGGGGUUAUCAAUAACAGCCUUCUAUGAGAAAUUCAAAUUUUAAUCAUUCAAUUCAAUCACCUAUAGCGUAGCCCCUGAUCACCAUUUAAAUUACAUAUGUUCAGGGACACUCCCAUUGCUAAGAAGGGUAUUUUUUUAAAGACAAAGAAUUACACUUUACCAGGUAUAUAACUAAACUUGUAUUAUUGAUUUUCAAUUUUAAAAACAUCCUGAAAAAUGCUCAAACAUCUUUUUACAUCCAAUAAGCAUUUCAGCCCAAAUCGUAUAGGGAUUUAUGGGGUACAAAUAAUACUCAAACUACAGUAAUUUAUUUUAAAUUAUCUAAAUAAUGCAAUUUUAACAUUGUUAUUAUUAAGUGACUAUUAUGAUUAAUUUAAAUUUAUUACCAUGAAAUAUUCAUGCUUUGAACUGUUAUGUGUAAUUUAUGUAUAUGUUGUAUCUUUUAUGAAUAUAUUAUAUGUUAACUGAACAAACAUAGUCAUUGUGAUUGCUUGUAAGAUAGUUGACAUUGUGCACACCAGUAUUAGUUAGUACUGAAGAUCAAUUAUGUAGUUAUGCCGAACUCACUAUGCAAAUAAAUUAUUUUA